CACCGCGGCGGGGAGUACACCUACAACGUCUGCGGGUGCGGGGGGUGUCGGGUGUCCGCGGAGGCGCUUUGCGGCCGGUCGUGCGGGUCGGGUGCGGGCGCGCGGGCGGGCGCCCGGGCAGAGGCGCGCGCAGGUGAUUGACUGGCCAGCUGGCUGAGGGAGCGCCUGGUCCUCAUCGCUGGCAGGUGGCGGAGCCCAUUUGGGCGGUGGUGGAGGCGGCUGCGGCAGCCUGGGCGGCCGGGCUCAGGAGGCACUCCUCGGGCCAAGGCCAUGGCCCCGCGGCUGCAGCUGGAGAAGGCGGCCUGGCGCUGGGCGGAGACGGUGCGGCCCGAGGAGGUGUCGCAGGAGCACAUCGAGACCGCCUACCGCAUCUGGCUGGAGCCCUGCAUCCGCGGCGUGUGCAGGAGAGUGCCUGUCUUCCCAGCCAAAACCUGUGAAGGACUUACCCCUCCCUUGUUUACGAGGAGAAAACAGACUUGGUAUACCUUUGAAAAGCAUAUUGGAAAGAGCAAACGAAACUGCAAAGGAAAUCCGAAUUGCUUGGUUGGGAUUGGUGAGCACAUUUGGUUAGGAGAAAUAGAUGAAAAUAGUUUUCAUAACAUUGAUGACCCCAACUGUGAGAGGAGAAAAAAGAACUCAUUUGUGGGGCUCACUAACCUUGGAGCUACUUGUUAUGUCAACACAUUUCUUCAAGUGUGGUUUCUUAACCUGGAGCUUCGGCAGGCGCUCUACUUAUGUCCAAGCACCUGUAGUGACUACAUGAUGGGAGAUGGUAUCCAAGAAGAGAAAGAUUAUGAGCCUCAAACAAUUUGUGAGCAUCUCCAGUACUUAUUUGCCUUGUUGCAAAACAGUAAUAGGCGAUACAUUGAUCCAUCGGGAUUUGUUAAAGCUUUGGGCUUGGACACAGGGCAGCAGCAGGAUGCCCAAGAAUUUUCAAAGCUCUUUAUGUCUCUUUUGGAAGAUACUUUGUCUAAACAAAAGAAUCCCGAUGUGAGGAACAUUGUGCAACAGCAGUUCUGUGGGGAAUAUGCUUAUGUAACUGUGUGCAAUCAGUGUGGCAGAGAAUCUAAGCUUUUAUCAAAGUUUUAUGAACUGGAGUUAAAUAUCCAAGGCCACAAACAGUUAACAGAUUGUAUCUCAGAAUUUUUGAAGGAAGAAAAAUUAGAAGGAGACAAUCGAUACUUUUGUGAAAACUGUCAAAGCAAACAGAAUGCAACAAGGAAGAUCCGACUCCUUAGUCUUCCUUGUACUCUGAAUUUACAGCUAAUGCGUUUUGUCUUUGACAGGCAAACGGGACAUAAGAAAAAGCUGAACACCUACAUUGGCUUCUCAGAAAUUUUGGAUAUGGAGCCGUAUGUGGAACACAAAGGUGGGUCCUAUGUGUAUGAACUCAGUGCAGUCCUCAUACACAGAGGAGUGAGUGCUUAUUCCGGUCACUACAUUGCCCAUGUGAAAGAUCCACAGUCUGGUGAAUGGUAUAAGUUUAAUGACGAAGACAUAGAAAAGAUGGAGGGGAAGAAAUUACAACUAGGGAUUGAGGAAGAUCUAGCAGAACCUUCUAAAUCCCAGACACGUAAACCCAAGUGUGGCAAAGGAACUCACUGCUCUCGAAAUGCGUACAUGUUGGUUUAUAGACUACAAGCUCAAGAAAAACCCAACACGACUAUUCAGGUACCAGCCUUUCUUCAAGAGCUGGUAGAUCGGGAUAAUUCCAAAUUUGAGGAGUGGUGUAUUGAAAUGGCCGAGAUGCGUAAGCAAAGUGUGGAUAAAGGAAAAGCAAAGCAUGAAGAAGUUAAGGAGCUGUACCAAAGGUUACCUGCUGGAGCUGAGCCCUAUGAAUUUGUCUCUCUUGAGUGGCUGCAGAAGUGGUUGGAUGAAUCGACACCCACCAAGCCUAUUGAUAAUCACGCUUGCCUGUGUUCCCACGAUAAGCUUCAUCCUGAUAAAAUAUCGAUUAUGAAGAGAAUAUCUGAAUAUGCGGCAGACAUUUUCUAUAGUAGAUAUGGAGGAGGACCAAGACUAACUGUGAAAGCCCUGUGUAAGGAAUGUGUAGUAGAACGUUGUCGUGUGUUGCGUCUGAAGAACCAACUAAAUGAAGAUUAUAAAACUGUAAAUAAUCUGCUCAAAGCAACAGUAAAGGGCAAUGAUGGAUUUUGGGUAGGGAAAUCCUCCUUACGCAGUUGGCGUCAGCUAGCUCUUGAACAGUUGGAUGAGCAAGAUGGCGAUGCAGACCAAAGCAGUGGGAAAAUGAAUGGCAACACCUUGAAUAAAGAUGAAUCAAAGGAAGAAAGAAAAGAGGAGGAGGAAGAAUUAAAUUUUAAUGAAGACAUUCUGUGCCCACACGGGGAGUUAUGCAUAUCUGAAAAUGAAAGAAGGCUUGUUUCUAAAGAGGCUUGGAGCAAACUGCAGCAGUACUUCCCAAAGGCUCCCGAGUUUCCAAGUUACAAAGAAUGCUGUUCACAGUGCAAGAUUUUAGAAAGAGAAGGAGAAGAAAAUGAAGCCUUGCAUAAGAUGAUUGCAAAUGAGCAAAAGACUUCUCUUCCAAAUUUGUUCCAGGACAAAUACAGACCAUGUCUCAGUAACUGGCCAGAGGACACGGAUGUCCUCUACAUUGUGUCACAGUUCUUUGUAGAAGAAUGGCGAAAAUUUGUUAGAAAACCUACAAGGUGUAGUCCUGUGUCAUCAGUUGGAAACAGUGCUCUUCUGUGUCCUCACGGGGGACUCAUGUUUACAUUUGCUUCCAUGACCAAAGAAGAUUCUAAACUUAUAGCUCUCAUAUGGCCCAGUGAGUGGCAAAUGAUACAAAAGCUCUUUGUCGUGGAUCAUGUAAUUAAAAUCAUGAGAACUGAAGGAGGAGAUGCAAACCUUUCAGAAACACAGUAUAUUUCUGAGCCUAAACUCUGUCCAGAAUGUAGAGAAGGGUUAUUGUGUCAACAGCAGAGGGACCUGCGUGAAUACACUCAAGCCACCAUCUACGUCCAUAAAGUCGUGGAUAAUAAGAAGGUGAUGAAGGAUUCAGCUCCAGAGCUAAAUGUGAGUAGUUCUGAAACAGAGGAGGAUAAGGAAGAAGCUAAACUGGAUGGAGAAAAAGAUCCAGAUUUUAAUCAAAGCAAUGGAGGAACAAAGCGGCAAAAGAUAUCCCAUCAAAAUUAUAUAGCCUACCAAAAGCAAGUUAUUCGGCGGAGUAUGCGACAUAGGAAAGUUCGUGGUGAAAAAGCUCUUCUUGUUUCUGCUAAUCAAACAUUAAAAGAAUUGAAAAUUCAGAUCAUGCAUGCAUUUUCAGUUGCUCCUUUUGACCAGAAUCUGUCAAUUGAUGGAAAGAUUUUAAGUGAUGACUGUGCCACCCUCGGAACCCUUGGCGUCAUUCCCGAAUCUGUCAUUUUGUUAAAGGCUGAUGAACCAAUUGCAGAUUAUGCUGCAAUGGAUGAUGUCAUGCAAGUGUGUAUGCCAGAAGAAGGGUUUAAAGCAUGAAAGUGAAGAACUUGCCGUAAUUGUGGAAAAGUGUCUUCAGAGUAGAUUCCUCUCCGUGUCGGCUCCAGUGCACCUGCCUCACAUCCUGCCCGCUGGUCUCUGACUUGGUGCUGGGAAAGGAGGGUGCACCUGCGUGUCUCCUGCAAUGAGCCAAGGGAUUGUGUCUCACUGGUGUCUUCAAAGGCUUUUUAUUUCCAUGCAUUUCAGAAAGGAUGGCGAAUGUAUUACAUGUCAUAGCAUCCUCCAGUUUUACUGUUAUUAAAAAGUGGGAAAUCAAAUACACCUUGCACUUUUGAGAAGUCUGACCACCUUAUCUGAAGAGUAAAAUGGCCUGAAAUACAUUUGGAAACUAACACGAUUCUUAUAUAAAGUUUCUUCUGCCCAUCCUCCAAGUCCGCCAUUUCUUGGAUCUCACUUCUCUUGUUUUGAAAGCAUUCUUCCGAAACACCCAGAAAGGAUCUUUUAGAUCACAUUGUUCAAAAAUGAAAAAUAAAUGUUCACGUGGAGUGUGCCCUGUCAUCAGCUCAGGAUUGUUGGUUAGCAACACGUGACCAAAGCAGGAUUCGUUAGAAUAUCGGAGGAUUUUCAAAGGAAUUAAGACUGGAGUUUGUUUCACUGUUUCCUCUGAGUACGUAUGUACAACUUUUCGGCCGAGAUGCUGACUCAGGCGUCUCUUUUGCUAACACUUUAUUUAGCCCUGGGUUUUGCUGGGCUUUUUUUUUUUUUUUUUAACCCCUCCCUUUUCUGAAAAUUUAAACUGAAAUACCGGAUGGGGGUGUCAGGCUUCAAUUUGAGGACCAGUAACCUUGGCAGCAUCCCCUUUGAAUAGAUCUUUUUAUCAGAAUAAUUAUGGCUUUUUGGUAAGAUUACAACUUCUUACCUGAGUUACCCCUCUGUGUUUGCAGUGUCUUCAGUCUGUACCCCCUGGGGAGGCAGGGGGUGUUUAAUGAGUCUGUGUGGGAGAGUGCACUGCACACAGGACCCUCACAACCCAUUCUAGGAACCUGUGGGCCCCACCCUUAGGUCAGCAAAAGGAAAGGAAGGACUUGAGGUCCAGGUCGUGAGCUAAUCCUCAUUUUUAGAUCCCAACACCUGCAGUCCCCCGCCCCCCAAUGGACCUGAACAUAAAAUAAUAACAUGCCAAGCAACUACUACUUUCCAAGGGUAAAGACUUGUGUGCAAGUUCACUUAGUACGUGAUGCAGCUGCUUCCUCCUCCCUGUAAAGAAGCUGUUUGUCCAGAGAAGUUUCUUUCUGGGGAUUGACAUAAGCAUGUCAGUAGUCACCCAGAAAUCUGAUGUAUUUCCCCAGUUUGCUGUUAAUAACAGCUUUAAAAUGUGUAACCUGAGUCUCUUUUUUCCUCAUGCAGUGGUACAAAAUAACAGCCUGUGGUAGGUCUUUCAGGCUGAUGACCCAGUACUGGCUCCCUUAUUGAUUUGCACAGGUGGUGGGAGCGGGGUGGGCCCUGUGUGAGCAGGUGAUGCUCGAGCAGUUCUGUCUCCUGCCCCCACGACUUAACCGUGUGCUACCAGCACUGCACUGCUCAGAGUGACGUCUGUGGCCCCACAGUACCAGCAGCACUGCGAAGCUGUAUUAGAAAUGCACGUUUUCGGGCUUCCCUGGUGGCGCAGUGGUUGAGAGUCCGCCUGCCGAUGCAGGGGACACGGGUUCAUGCCCCGGUCCGGGAAGAUCCCACGUGCCGCGGAGCGGCUGGGCCCGUGAGCCAUGGCCGCUGAGCCUGCGCGUCCGGAGCCUGUGUUCCGCAACGGGAGAGGCCACAACAGUGAGAGGCACCGUGUACUACAAAAAAAAAAAAAAAAAAGAAAGAAAUGCACGUUUUCAGGCCUGAGACCCACUAAAUCUGCAUGUGCAAGCCGCCCCUGUUGGGAAGCCUUGGGCUGGGCCCUCUCCCGCCCACGGUCAGUCGGCAGAGUUACACAGUCAUGUAUACGUGUAUUUAGUGGCCCUCACCACUUUGUACGGGGAAAACAGGUACAACAUGUAACCUAAAAUCAAUUCUUGCCUUGUCUGUAUUAAUAGAUGGAGAUCAAUUGUCUCCUUGACUUUGACCGCACCAAGGUGCAGAGACUCUUCCCGUCAGGUUUCUUAUGCAUGUGGUUUUGUUUUUUAAAGACAGUCUUCUGUGGAAGGUAAAACGAAGCUUGAAGUCACCCCUGCCCCCCAUCCCCAUUGUAUUUCUGUCCAUUCCUCACCCCCAAUCUGAUGUGUACAACAUGCCAUUCUGCUACGAAUUGUUGCCAUCACCUCAAACAUAGGUCGCCGUUGGGAUGUCUUCAUUCCUUGGGGGCAAUAAGUAUCUGUGUAUUAAUGAACUUUAUUGUGUAGAAUUACAGUUACCAUUCUGCCCAA